CCUUGGUAGUUUAUGUUGGAGAGUGAGAAGGAAGAAUGAUCCAACCAAUCCACACCAAGUGAAAGUAGCAGACAGACACAGAUACCAUGUAUUGCUUAUCCUGCCUUUCCAUAACCAAACCUCUGGUUCUUGCCUCUCUCCCCACCAAUGGCUCUCCUCCUCCUCCUCUUCCUCCUAUCCAAACCAAUCCCACUAAACCUCCCAUGCACACAACAAAACCCACAACGUCUCUACCCAAAAAGAAGCAGCAGCAGCAGCAGAACAAACGACAACGGCCCUCCAUCGCCGAAAUAGAAAGAGCUAUCGGUGCUGGAAGGUACCGCGACAUUGAUGCCAGUGAAUUAAAGGAAGAAGAAGUGGCCAACUUCGACUUCAUCUCGAUGAGUUUUACUGGCAUGUUUGAAGGGCCGGUGGAGAAGAAGCUCCGUGAGACGGGAGAGUGGCUAACCACUUCCACCGAGAGCAGGUUUCGUGCCUCUGGGAAAAAGAUCCUCAUGUUUAUAUUUCAAUGGAUGCUACCAAUUUGGACUUUGUCUCUGCUCAUGACCUCUGGGGUUAUCAAGCUACCGUUCAGCACCCCAUUUCUGGAUGAUCUGGUUAUGUGAACAUGUCAGUUGGAUUUCAUCUCCAAUUUCAUAUCUCCUCACAGAGGUUAAAGGUAAUCCACUGUACAACGUAAUCCUAACUUGAAAUUCUUACACAGCAAGAUCACUGAUUCUGAAUGGCUUCUCCAGUAAGUGAAAAGUGGCUCCAUCAAUUGCCUAAACAAUGUACACUUCUUGCUUUACAACUUCGAAAUGUGGAUUUUGACAUAUUUGGAGUUACUUCCAUCUUAUGAUAUUCAAUAUAAGUCAUGCAUUUCCAUGUAUA